AUGAUGACUUUCUCAAAAGUUUCGCUUUUGCUUUCUGCAGCUUCUCUAGUUUUCGCGCAAUUCGUUCCAGCUCCUAAAGAUCUGCAACAUGCCACUGGCUAUCUCGGCUUACCAGUCCGAUACAAGGAAGUUCCUACAGGAAUCUGCGAGUUGGAUCCGAAGGUCAAGAGUUACUCUGGAUAUGUAGAUGUCUCUGAAAAUGAGCAUAUUUUCUUCUGGUUCUUCGAGGCGCGGAACGUGGAUCCGACUGAAGCACCUUUGACGGUGUGGAUCAAUGGAGGACCGGGAUCUUCUUCGAUGAUUGGAUUAUUCAAGGAGAAUGGACCUUGUAGAGUGGACAGUGAUGGGAAAGUUUAUAAUAAUCCUUAUUCUUGGUCGAAUGUUAGCAAUAUGAUUUAUAUCGACCAGCCGACGCAGACGGGAUUCUCCUACAGCAUUCCUGUCAAUGGAUAUGUUGACCCAAAUUACAACGUCAUUGUCUCCCUACCCGAUGCAACCUGUCCCGACUAUGCUCAAAAGUUCGGAACCUGUGGCACCUUCAGUUACCCAAACCAGACCCUCACCGCAAGCACAACUGGUAAUGCAGCGCCAAACUUCUGGAAGACGCUCCAGGGAUUCAUGGGAGCUUUCCCACAAUAUUCUCGUCGUGGAUUCCACUUCGGAAGUGAGAGUUAUGGUGGGCAUUGGGGACCAAUAUUCACCGAGUAUAUCGAGGAGCAGAAUGCGAAAAAUAUUCUCGGGGCGCACAAGAUCUCGUUGGAGACUGUUUUGAUUGGAAACGGGUGGUUCGAUCCUCUGAUUCAGUAUCAGUCUUUUUACAAUUUCACCGUCUCCCCAGGCAACACUUACGACUACUCUCCAUUCAGUCCCAGUAUCCAAGCUCAAUUCUACAACAAUCUGUACGGACCAGGAAAUUGUGUUGAUCAAAUCAAAGAUUGCGCUGCUAGAGGGCUUGAUGCGAUUUGUGCAGCAGCUGACCAUUUCUGUUCUGCUACUGUUGAGUCCAUCUAUGACAUCUACCUGGGCAGAGACGAACUCGAUAUACGAGAGCUGAGCCCGGACCGCUUCCCAUACAGCUUCUACAUCUCAUAUCUCAACACUCCAAAGGUUCAAGCUGCGAUUGGAGCAUUCCAGAACUUCUCAGAGUCCUCGGGAGCUGUGUUCGAUGCUCUCACUGCAACCGGAGACGACAACCGAGAAUAUGGCACUGUUUCUGCUCUAAGGAAGCUCCUUGCCCAGAAUCUGACAGUUAUGCUCUACGCUGGAGAUGCAGAUUACAACUGCAACUGGCUUGGCGUCGAAGCCGUCUCGAAAGAAAUCAAUGCCCCCAACUUCUCCUGCGCCGGCUACACGAAUCUCACAACCAGUGACUCCAUCGUACACGGACAGGUAAAACAAGCCAAUAAAUUCUCUUUUGUCCGAGUCUACCAGUCCGGCCAUGAAGUACCUUUCUACCAACCGCUCGCCUCGCUAGAGAUGUUCGAGAGGGCGAUUAAUGGCUUGGAUAUCGCUACCGGGAAGGAGAAGCCAAGGGAGGGUUAUGUAACGGUAGGCCCUGAGAAGAGUGAGUAUAGGGAGGGGAACUCGACGAUUCAGUUUAAGGUGCUGCCUGCGGACGCAACGUAUAAUUAUACGACUGGGGCGCCGAAUCCGCCUGGGCAGGGGUCAUUGAAGAAGAGGGGCAUGGGAUUGUUGAGUAAAGAGAAGAAAUUUAAGUCGCGAGUGUAAAUGUGGGUGGUAGUAUGGUAGAUGCUGAAAUUUAUAUUUUGACACAUGGGAUGGGCCAAUAUGUACGGAUGUUGGUUGUUGAGCACUCUGCACAUCUCAUUUUCAGCUGAGAAACGGUAACACAAGCUACUUUGGCCAUCAAGGAACAUGAAAACCCGUAUACAUCUUCAUGACAUCAGGAAGCAUGCCUCCAUCGUUAGCCAAUCUCUUGCCAUCUCAUAGGUCCCACGUGAUCAUAUAUCACAUGAACUCAAUCGUAUGCGAUCCCAUUUGCCACACGACCUUUGCGAGAAGACCUUGUGUAACGAAC